GUUGAACUGCUUAGAUAGCGCAUUAUGGUUGGGUGUUAGCUUGACGCUGUUUGCUGAAAUUGGUAAAAAUAUUACUAAAAGGGAUUCUCCGCCGGUAGUAUUCAUUGCUACAAAAUGGAAACUGCUGUGAUGAACCUUCAUGGCUUGUUUGAAAACCUUCGGUCUCAUGUUGAGGUCCUAAAUGAAAGCAUCGAGCCCCAGUUUAUACAAAUGGCCCUGAAUUUUGAAGACUGUCGUCGUAAAUGGCUCAGAGGGCAGCAGGAGUUGGCCUCAUUUAAAGAGGUUCUUGCCAAAGUAGAGACAGAAAGAGGGGCUCUUGAGGUCAAGCUCAAACAUGCUCGGAACCAAGUGGAUGUGGAAAUACGUAGGCGACAAAAAGCUGAGGCUGACUGUGAAAAAAUGGAUCGUCAGAUCCAGCUGAUUAGAGAUCUCCUGGUCACAGAGGGAUCCAGCACCAGUAUCCAGCUGAAUGAUGAGCAGCGCUCAGCUCUGGCUUUCCUCAAUGCUCGUUCACAGGCACCCACCACCCUUAACAGCAGCCGAAGACUGACCACAAUUGAUGAAUCAGCCUCAAUCCUGUCAGACAUCAGCUAUGAUAAAACUGAUGACUCAUUGGACUGGGACUCCUCUGUUGUUAGAACUGUUCGUCUGAAGAAACGUCAGAAGAGACGAUCUUCCAGAAACCACACUGAUGGGCCUCCAGCUGCUUCCAAAAGGUCCCGGUCCACAGGCCGCAUCUCAGAGAAAGGAAAUGAGUCUUUGGUGGCUAAAACUACAGUGACUGUGCCUAACAAUGGCGGUCCCAUAGAAGCGAUCACUACUGUUGAGGCUGUGCCUUAUUGGACUAGAAGCAGGAGAAAGACUGCUGUUAUGGAGUGGGACACAGGAGACACCGAUUCUGUACAGUCAGUGGACGUUUUUAAACACCCAGGCCGGCCACAGAGAGACACCAAAGUAGAACCUAGCACACCCCAAACUAAUAGCGGUGUCCGUCUUCAUGAGUUUGUCUCCAAAACGGUGAUAAAACCAGAGUCUUGUGUUCCCUGUGGAAAGAGGAUCAAGUUUGGAAAAAUCUCCCUAAAGUGCCGGGACUGUCGAGUAGUGGCCCAUCCAGAGUGUCGUGAACGCUGUCCUCUACCUUGUAUUCCCAACUUGCCUGGGACUCCGAUCAAGAUUGGAGAGGGUACUCUUGCAGACUACGUAUCUGUCACUUCCCCCAUGAUUCCUCCUUUGGUGGUGCACUGUGUGAAUGAGAUUGAACAGAGAGGGCUACAUGAGACUGGUCUGUACCGCGUGUCUGGAGCUGACCGGGUUGUAAAGGAGCUAAAGGAAAAGUUUCUACGUGGGAAGACUGUUCCUCUGCUAAGUAAGGUGGAGGACAUCCACGCUAUUGCUGGACUCCUCAAGGAUUUUCUAAGACACCUCAAAGAGCCUCUUCUUACCUUCCACCUCAACCGCAAUUUUGUAGAGGCAGCAGAGCUGGCUGAUGAAGACAACUCGAUUGCACUAAUGUAUCAAACUAUCAGUGACCUACCUCAGCCAAACAGAGACACACUGGCCUUCCUAAUUAUCCACUUACAAAGAGUUGCUCAAAGCACAGACACCAAGAUGGAUGUGACUAACUUAGCCCGUGUGUUUGGACCCACAAUUGUGGGGCACAGUGUCCCUGAUCCUGAUCCAAUGACCAUCCUGCAGGAUACAAAACACCAGCCUAAGGUUGUUGAGCGCUUGCUUAACUUGCCUGUAGAGUACUGGAGCCAGUUCAUGAUGGUGGAGCAGGACCAAGCUCACACUAAUCACAUGGUCAUUGAGAACACCAAUGUUUAUGCCACUCCUGAUCAAAAAGUGAGUAUGUUUGGCCCACUUACCACUCCAGAGCAGCAGCUGACCAAGACUCCAUCUUCCAGCUCCCUGUCUCAGCGCAUGAGAAAUGCUACACUAAAUGCAAUCACACCCAAAUUUGGCAGCAAGAGCAAGUCUUCUGUUGGCUUCAGUCGCCAGGGGAACUUCUUUGCCUCUCCUCUGCUGAAGUAGCCAAGGCAUAUUUUUGGGAGAUAUACAGUGCAUGACAGUCAACAAUGCUUUCAAAACAUUUUAAUCGACCAGUUUUAUCUUUUUCUUAUGUUAUUUUUAAAUGUUUAUACCAAUGACAUUCGCAGCCAAAAGGAUGGUCAAAAUAUGCACUUUCUAUAUCUUAUCACUGCGUCAAAGCUCAGAAUACUGUCAGUUUGGAUGGGAGUUCUUUAUAAAGAAGCCCAAAACUGCUGGUAUGUGGCUUUUAUACUUGUAUUUGUAAAUGUACCUUGGACUGUACUACCAGUCCCUUUUUUUAACUUUUACCUCUUUAUUUUAUAACUCUGCAAAAGCUGUAUUUGGUGAUGUUUUGUUCUGAUGUAAACAGUUUGUUUAAAAUAUCUUUUCUCAAACUUUUAUAAAAGAGUGUAUUGGAAUUUUCAACAAUCGUUAAAAACCGCAUUAUUUGAUGUUUGAUUUGACAAAAGAUUUCAUAAAAUUUUACUUGCAUUGCAUAGGUUUAUUAAUGCAUAUUUACAUGUAUGUAUUUGUUUUAAAUCAUAUUACAAAUCUCCCAGUGCAUUUACUGGGGUAGAAUUUUGCUGAGCUUUACAAUUUUAAGUACCACAGGGCUACAGUCGCCCACUAUGUAUCACGUACUGUAAAAUUUGCUAUAGUGUUUGCAAAAUACAUUCUUUCUCUUCUA